AUGAAUCUCGUACCUGAAACCACGCUGCCCGUCAUCAAGCCCGGAUCGUCCGAGACUGGUAGCACCGGAGACGUGGAGGCAUUUUUGGAUGAUAGCGCUUCGUCUGUUCAUGACGAGGGCGAAGACCAAAAGGAGAAGGUAGUGAUUGCCAGAGCUGAGACCCGCAAGGUGGGGUACCUACGAGUUGCUCUCUUCUUGUGUUUGCUCUGCGUUGCCGGGUGCAUUUCAUUCGCCAUGUUUUGGAAAGGCAAAGAGAGUGAACAGAAUGAGUUCGAGUCAUACGCAAAGGAGGCAUGUCGAAAGGUUGUUUCAACGUUUCAAUCAAGUGCAGCACGUCGGAUUGGAACCAUUGCUAGCUUUACAACUAGCAUUGCCUCCAAUGCUGCAGCAAGGGGAGAGUCAUGGCCAAAUGUCACUGUGCCGGACUUUGAGAUGCAAGCAUCCAUGAUUCUUGACCUUGCGGCUGUCAUGUCCAUCACGGUUCUACCAGUAGUAACUGGGGAGAACAUGCAAGGCUGGGUGGAGUAUACAUUGCAGAAUAAAGCUUGGUUCAACCAGAGUCUUGCUUUCCAGGAGGCAAAUGGGGUCAACUACUCUCUUCCAGAUUGGAAGAAGGAUGUUGAUAAAAUGAAGAAGGUUGUUGGGACUAUUCCCAACAAUGGAUUUGAGGAUGGUUUGUUCAGACCAUCAACCGGCAGGGCACACCUGAAUGCAUCAGAUGAGACAGGUCCGUUCUUUCCAUGGUGGCAGUUUGCCCCAGUCAUGCCGGUAUCAGGCCUAGUGAACUAUGAUACCUCAAUGCACUCCACCCGCAAGUACCCUAUCAGGGCUCUCAUGGAAACAGGCGGAGCUGUUAUUAGCAAUGCGUUUGACUAUGCCAAUACAUCGCAUCCUGGGUAUGCCGGGAAACAGCUCUUCCUCAACCUAAUCUUGAAGCACUGGAGUGUUGGUGGGAAGCACUAUCAAGAAGGGCCAGUCAGUGAUCUCUACUUUCCUGUAUUUGACAUGGGUGGCGCCAGCAACAUUGGUCUUGAUGACAAGAAAGUGGUUGCAAUGAUGACAGCCUAUAUCUACUGGCAAGCCUACUUUGAAGACAUCUUGCCACCAAACACAAAGCCGGUCGUGGUGGUGCUUGAGAAUGUUUGUGGUGGACCAGAAAAGGGAGUACCUGUUGAACAACAGUUCACCUAUGAAGUGAACGGGGAAAGAGCUGAAUACAUUGGUGCGGGUGACCUGCAUGACCCUAGCUAUGACUACCUGAAAGAGACAACUGGCUGGCAAGGUUUCCUUAGUGGUGAUUUUGCACCUGAAGACCUCAUGCAGGGCCAGUGCUUCUAUAACGUUCACGCGUACCCAUCACGACAAAUGGAAGACAGUCUCCGCACUAAUGAGCCUCUAUAUUUUAUGCUGGUUGUCCUUGCCACGUUUGCCGUGACAUCCCUGGUCUUCAUGCUAUAUGAUCACUAUGUUGAGCAACGCCAACAGGUUGUCAUGACCAAGGCUGUCCAGUCUACCGAAGUUGUCCAAGAGUUGUUCCCAGAAAAUGUCAGAGAACGCCUUUUUGAAGAGGAGGCAAAAGCAUCCAAGAAGACCAGCAACUUUCCAUUCCUUCAUGAAGUUAAACCGGACGAUUCCAUCACCGCAGCAUCUUCUCGAAUGAGCACUACUAGCGAUCCAAACCAUGCCAGGGAUGUGGUGGCUGAUUUGUACCAGAAUUGCACAGUCUACUUUGCGGAUAUUGCUGGGUUUACCAAGUGGUCAAGCAAUCGUGAACCCACACAUGUCUUCCAGCUGUUGGAGACUCUCUAUGGGGCAUUCGAUAGAUUGGCCAAGCGGCACAAAGUAUUCAAGGUUGAAACUAUUGGAGAUUGCUAUUUGGGCAUCACGGGCCUUCCACAGCCGCAGAAAGAUCAUGCAGUGAUCAUGGUAAAGUUUGCAGGUGCUUGCGUUGAAAAAAUGACCCAGUUGACCCAAACAGACUUGGUUGAGCAUCUUGGAGAAGAGACUUCCCAGCUUAAACUCCGUGUUGGCAUCCACAGUGGGCCUGUAACUGCUGGAGUGCUCCGAGGAGAGAGAGCUCGCUAUCAAAUCUUUGGAGACACUGUCAACACUGCUUCCCGCAUGGAAAGCAACUCUCUUCCUGGCAUGAUCCAGGUUUCUGCUGAGACUGCAAAUCUCCUCAGGGCAGCCAACAGAGGAGCUUGGCUCACUCCCCGUGAAGGUGGAAUCGAAGCCAAAGGAAAAGGAAGCCUUGAUACCUACUGGGUACAACCCAAAGCAACAGCAUACACUGCUUCUACUACAAGUGUCCCAAUCUCCUGUGACGCCUCCAGCAGAAUCGUAGAUGAGGCAUCAGAGAAGUCAGGCAUCUCCCUUUGA